UGGCACUGCAGGGUUCCGGUUACCAGCGUUCCUUGUGCAGGACGACACACCAUUCCCGUUGCUCACUUGGGUGUCUGACUGCAGAGACCACCACUACGACCACCGCCUGACACGCUCCUUUAACGCCCUACAUCCAACAUGCCUAAGCUUCUGGUAUCCGAGACGGACGAAAAGAUGCGAGCCUUCGCUGAGCAGAUCUUCGCGUCGGAGACCAAAGGCGAAGACAUCCGCGACGAGAUCUCGGUCUUUGACGUCCCCGAGGAUUGUCCCAUUCUCCACCAGGAGAUGGCGCACCAUCUGCACACCGACGAUGACGCGGAGAAGCGCAAGCGGCGCUAUCGCACCAAAGUGUCUGCUGCCCCCACAGUGGAGGUGGACACGCCCACUUACCUAGAAAUACCUGACUUCCAGAGAGUGGCCAUCAUCGGAGACUACGCCUCAGGGGUAACCAUGGACGACUUCGAACUGUCCUGCAAAGGAAUCUAUCGCGCUUUGACCAUCAGAGAGAAGUACAUGAAGUUGGCCUACCAGCGCUUCCCUCGCACCGCCUCGCAGUAUUUGCGCGACAUCGAGGGAGACUCAUUCAACGUGGAGGACCAGGUGCAGCCAGUUUUCACGUCACCCCCAAAGAACGGCGAUGACCCCUUCGACACAGCGGACCUCCCAGAGACCCUGGACUACGUGGCUCGCAUGAAGGACGGUCUGAUCUACGUUUACGAUGACGCGGACGCCGCUGACAAGCAUCAGCCCAGAGACCUGCCCCGUCCCGACUACAACUCCUUCAUCGACGACAUGAACUUCCUCAUCGCGCUCAUCGCACAAGGACCCACCAAGACGUACACCCACCGGCGUCUGAAGUUCCUUAUGUCCAAGUUCAACGUGCACGAGAUGCUGAAUGAGAUGGAGGAGAUGAAGGAGCUUAAGAAGAAUCCUCACAGAGAUUUUUACAACUGCAGGAAGGUGGACACCCACAUCCAUGCUGCGGCCUGCAUGAACCAGAAGCAUCUCCUUCGCUUUAUCAAGAAGUCGUACCGUGUGGACGCCGAACGUAUUGUCCACAGCCUGAAUGGACGCGACGUCACCAUGAAAGAGCUCUUUGAGUCGCUCAACCUGCACCCUUACGACCUCACCGUGGACUCGCUGGACGUUCACGCCGGCCGGCAGACGUUCCAGCGUUUCGACAAGUUCAACGCCAAGUACAACCCAGUAGGAGCCAGCGAGCUGCGGGAUCUCUACCUGAAGACAGAGAACCACAUCAACGGAGAAUACUUUGCCACCAUCAUUAAGGAAGUGGCCCACGACCUGGAGGACGCCAAGUAUCAAUACGCCGAACCGCGACUGUCCAUCUACGGCUGCACGGCCGCCGAGUGGAAUAAAUUGUCGGGCUGGUUCGUCAAGCACCGGGUCUUCUCUCCGUACCUCAAGUGGAUGAUCCAGAUUCCCAGAAUCUACGACAUCUUCAGGGCCAGGAACUUUGUGCCCCACUUUGGAAAGAUGUUGGAGAACAUCUUCCUUCCUGUCUUUCAGGCCACCAUUGACCCAAAGUCCAAUCCGGACCUCAGCAUCUUCCUCAAGCAUGUGACAGGUUUUGAUAGCGUGGACGACGAGUCCAAGCACAGCGGUCACAUGUUCUCCACCAAGAGCCCCAAACCAGAGGAGUGGGACUUGGAGAAGAACCCGUCAUACACGUACUACAUUUACUACAUGUACGCCAACAUCGCCGUGCUCAACCAGCUCAGGAGAGAACGCGGGAUGAACACCUUCCUGUUUAGGCCACAUUGCGGUGAAGCAGGCGCCAUCACUCACCUGCUGGCUGCCUUCAUGACGGCUGACAACAUUUCUCACGGCCUUAACCUCAAAAAGAGUCCGGUGCUGCAGUACUUGUACUUCCUGACCCAGAUCCCAAUCGCCAUGUCCCCCCUAAGCAACAACAGUCUGUUCCUGGAGUAUGCCAAGAACCCCCUGCUGGAGUUCCAGAAGAAAGGCCUGGUGGUCUCACUGUCAACUGACGACCCGAUGCAGUUCCACUACACCAAGGAGCCCUUGAUGGAGGAGUACGCCAUCGCCGCUCAGGUCUUCAAGCUCAGCACCUGCGACAUGUGUGAGAUCUCCAGGAACAGUGUGCUGCAGAGCGCCAUGUCCCAUGAGGAGAAAGUUCACUUCCUGGGUCAGCACUACCUGAAAGACGGUCCCGAGGGCAACGACAUCCGUAAGACCAACGUGGCCCAGAUCCGAAUGGCGUAUCGCUUUGAGACCAUGUGCUACGAACUGAACCUCAUCAAGGAGGGCCUGAAGACGGACUAAAUGAAGGACAUGGCGACUCUGUAGUGUCCUCUUGGUCAUGCAAUAAAACGAGGAAAAUAAA